GUUUGUUUAUUAACAAUCUAUCAUACAAGUGAACCACAAAAAUGGAAACAAUCUUGGACUUCUCUCAGGAUUUGGACAUAGGCUUGUUUGAUCAGGUGGUGGAUAUGUUCUACAAAGGCUCAGGACCUGACCAGCAAAAAGCGCAACAGGUUUUGAAUGAGUUCCAGGACAAUCCAGACAGCUGGAAGAAAGCCGACCAAAUUUUAUCCAACUCCAAAAAUAGUCAAUCCAAGUACAUAGCAUUGAGCUGCUUGGACAAGUUGAUUUUAUACAGGUGGAAAUUAAUUCCAACCAACGAACAGGUGGGAAUCCGGAACUUUAUAGUCAACAUGAUCAUAGCCUUGUGUGACGAUGAAGAGAUUUUCGCCAAAGACAAGUCUUUGAUCAACAAGAUUGACAUGACUUUGGUGCAGAUAUUGAAGCAGGAAUGGCCUCAUAACUGGCCCCAAUUUAUCCCUGAAAUCGUUUUGAGCUCCAGGAGUAGUUUCAAUGUUUGUGAAAACAAUAUGGUCAUUUUGAAAUUGUUGAAUGAAGAAGUGUUCGAUUAUAGUCAUGAUCAGAUGACCCAGGCCAAGAGCAAGAGCUUGAAAUUGAGCAUGGGGGCCGAAUUCGAAGAGAUUUUCAAGUUGUGCUAUGAAAUAUUGGAUAAAACCACCAAGCCUUCUUUGGUGGUGUCAACUUUAAACUGCUUGCUCAAGUACGUUCAUUGGGUUCCUCGUAAUUACAUUUUUGAGACAGACUUAUUGAAGUUGUUGUGUAACAAGUUUUUGAGCCCUAUUAAUACCAGAUCUGUGAGCUUGAAAUGCUUGAUUGAAAUCAGUUCUUUGAGCUCUUCCGGUUAUGAGAAAAACUGUUUGGAAUUCUUCAAGGAUUCCAUGGAUCAGAUUUACCAAAUUAUACCUCCUAGUACCAACUUGAAGAAGUCAUACCAAAGUGCCAGUUCGAAUGAUCAGUCAUUUUUACAAGAUUUUGCCAUGUUUUUGUGCACCUUUUUAUCCAACAACUUGUUAUUAUUGGAGCAGCUUGAAGAGUUUGGCGACUUGUUGAACAACUCCUUAUACUACUUGAUAGAAUUAUCAAAGAUUGAAGAGAGAGAGUUGUUCAAAACUUGUUUGGACUACUGGUCUCAAUUUGUUAGAGAGUUGUAUGAAGAGAUUCAAAGGUUGCCUCAACAAGAAUUGAGUCCUUUGAUGAGAUUGAACUACACUCCUUCCUCUAGAAACGGAAUUGGUAGCGGAGGUGCUCCAGAUCCCUCUGUUUUAGCCAAGUUCCCAUUAAGACAGCAUAGGUAUUCUGCAAUCUUAUCCAAAUUACGGUUAGUGAUGAUUGAGAACAUGGUAAGACCCGAAGAAGUGUUGAUUGUUGAAAAUGACGAGGGUGACAUUGUUAGAGAGUUUGUCAAAGAAAGUGACACCAUUCAAUUGUACAAGAGUAUGAGGGAAUGUUUGGUUUUCUUAACUCAUUUAGAUGUCGUCGAUACUGAUCAAAUAAUGAUUGAAAAGUUGGCCAGACAAAUCGAUGGAAGUCAGUGGUCUUGGACUGCUAUAAAUACAUUAUGUUGGGCUAUUGGAUCAAUUUCUGGUACGAUGAAUGAAGAUAUGGAGAAGAGAUUCUUGGUUACUGUGAUUAAGGAUUUGUUAUCGUUGACUGAAAUGAAAAAAGGAAAAGAUAAUAAGGCCGUGGUAGCGUCCAACAUCAUGUACAUUGUUGGUCAAUACCCUAGGUUCUUGAAGGCUCAUUGGAAGUUUUUAAAAGUUGUUGUAAACAAGUUAUUCGAGUUUAUGCACGAAACUCAUGAAGGUGUCCAAGAUAUGGCCUGUGAUACUUUCAUCAAAAUUACCUCCAAAUGUAAAAAGCACUUUGUUGCAAUUCAGCCUCAAGAAAGAGAACCUUUUAUUCUUGAAAUAAUUCGUAAUAUCCAGCAAAUCACAGAGGAUUUGCAACCCCAACAAGUCCACACUUUCUACGAAGCUUGCGGUAUCAUUGUUAGUGCUCAAAAUAUCAAGGAAUCGAGAGAUUCUCUCUUGAGUGAAUUGAUGAAGUUACCCAACAUCGCUUGGAAUGCAAUUGUUCAACAAUCUGGUAGGGAUCCCCAAUUAUUGACCGACGCUGGAACUGUCAAAAUUAUUGCUAAUAUCCUCAAGACCAAUGUGGCUGUUUGUAAGGCUUUGGGACCAGGAUUUUACAGUCAGUUGGGAAUGAUUUAUGUGGAUAUGUUGUCGUUAUAUAAGGCAGUCAGUUCAAUGAUCUCAGAUUCCGUCGCUAGAGAUGGAAUCAUUGCUACCAAGACGCCCAAGGUCAGGGGUUUAAGAACGAUCAAAAAAGAGGUGUUGAAAAUGAUUGAAACUUAUAUUGACAAAGCUGACAAUUUGGAAGAAAUCGUAAGAGAUUUGUCCCAACCAUUAUUUGCAGCAGUGUUGGAAGAUUACCAAAAUAACGUUCCUGACGCUAGAGAUGCUGAAGUAUUAAAAUGCAUGUCCACGUUGGUGUCUAAAGUCGGACAUAUGAUACCUGAAGGUGUUGUACUAAUUUUGCAACACAUCUUCGAAUGCACUUUAGACAUGAUCAAGAAUGACUUUGUUGAAUACCCUGAACACAGAGUGGAGUUCUACGGUUUGUUAAAGGAAAUCAACUCGCACUCGUUCCAAGGUUUAUUACAAUUAUCGGGAGAUGCAUUCCAAAGUUUGAUCAAUGCUGCUCUAUGGGCAUUUAAACAUAACAACAGAGAAGUUGAAGAGAACGGAUUAUCUUUGACCUUGGAGUUGAUAGAAAAUGUCGAGAAAUUAGGAGAUACUCCUUUCACCAAAGCAUUCUAUGAGAACUUCUAUUUCCAAGUAUUAUCUGAUACGUUUUAUGUGAUUACGCAACCCGAUCACAAAUCUGGAUUCACGUACCAAUCACAAUUACUUGCCCAAUUGGUUCACUUGGUUGAAGAUAACAUCAUCAAGGCUCCAUUAUAUACUCCCGAUCAAGCAGCUCCUGGUACUUCCAACAGUGACUAUUUAAAACAAUAUUUGGGCACUCUUUUGUCGUCAGCUUUUGAGAACUUACAAAAAGAACAGAUUAUCAAUUUUUUGGGUGUCUUGACGACGGUCUACAAGGACCAAAACAAGUUCAAGGCCACCUUAAGAGAUUUCUUGGUGCAAAUCAAACAAUUUGGUGGAGAUGCUACUGACUAUAUGUUUGCUGAAGAUAAAGAGUUAGAGAAACAAGAACAAACAAGGUUACAAAGACAAAAGGAUAUGCAAGUGGGAGGUUUAAUUAAACCAUCAGAAAUGGAUGACUAGAGUCCGACCACGCGUUGUGGUUUAAUAUUUCAAUAUAUAAGCAGUAAUACACUUGCCAAUCAGUAG